AGGAAUUAACUGAUUCAUGUGAUCAGGAAAGACGCAUAAUUGAAUACUUUUUUCAUUUGGGAUACAAAUAUGAGGACAUUGUCAAUCUUCUGGAGAUUUAUCAUGGUAUUUCUAUUUGUAUACGCACACUAAAAAGGAGACUUGCGAAAAAUAACCUGAAGAAGAAGAAUAACAUGGUUGAACCUGAAAAUUUACGAGAUAUCAUACAGAGAGAAAUGCAAGGGUCUGGUGAGCUGUCUGGGUACAGAAAGAUCUGGCAUAUUCUCUGUAUAAAUCACCACCUGCACGUACCGAGAAAGUUGGUUGCCCAAAUUGUGCACGACAUAGAUCCAGAAGCUAGUAGAGCACGCAAAGGAAAUAAAUUGAGGCGAGGAACAUACAGGUCAUAUGGGCCAAAUCAUUGCUGGCACAUUGACGGUAUGUUUCAUAGUGUACAUUUAUAA